GAAAAAAGACGGAAAGAACCAUAGUGAAAAAUGGCGGCCAAGUCAAAGAAGCGGCUGUCUAAAAUUGAAAAUAAGUUGUUAAAAUUAGAAAAAUUAGAAUUAAAAGAUGUAUUUUGUUCGAUUUGUCAAUCUAUUUUAAUAGAACCCGUAACCUUGCCGUGUUUUCAUGAUUUUUGUCAACGUUGUUUCAAUGGUAGCAUAGAAAAUAAUGCUUUGUGUUGUCCUCUGUGUCGAUUGCGAAUUGGAUCCUGGCUAAGAACAGCAACAAAACAAAAGAAUUUGGUGAAUGUUGAACUUUGGAAUUUUAUUCAAUCGAAAUUUUCCCAUGAAAUUGAAAUCAAAACUAAAGGAGAAGACAUCCGUUUGCCAGAAGAGAUCCCCUUACCUAGGUUAAGUGAGCCUGGCGAAAUAAGGUCAGAAUAUGAGGCUGAAUUGAAACGCUUAAGAGCUGAACGAGUAAGAUUAGAGCAAAAACACAUACAGGAAACUGAAUUACUAAUCAAGAAAAUUCAAACCGAAGAAGAAGAAGCUCAUAAAAAGUAUCUAGAGAAUUUAAAAAAAGAUGAAAUUUUAGCUCAACAAAUGCAACAAGAUCAUACUGAUCCUGUACCGCCACGAAACACACCUAGGAGACUCAAUUAUAGGGCCACUGCUGCUAAACCUAGACUGAAAUCUACCAAGAUAGAUAAUUAUUUAUCUAAACUACAAGUACCCACCACUAAAGAUAACCUUCAAAUAAAUAAUGAAUCCAAUGAUAAUGCAAGUUCUAAUGGGUCAACCCCCAAAACUCCUAUUGUCAAGCCCAUGAAUGGAGCCUCACCAGAAAUGGUUCCCAGUUAUGGAAAAUUAAUUAAGAACUUUGUAGACAAGAAAAGUAAACUUGGCCCAGGUUUAUGGAAUAAAGAAAAUGGGGAAAAUGUCAAAGAAAAGAAAGACGAUCCAAAAGCUGGUGAUAAAGAACCAGGUAACACUAACACAGAAGACAAGGUUAAAGUAAAAGGUUCUGUGCCUUCUUUGCUUGUCUCUUUGCCACUGCCAUAUACAGGAAUACUCCAACAUAAAAUUAAUUUAGCUGAAAAUAGAAAUGUUGAGACUGGAAGCGUUGACUCCAUGCGACAAGAGUUGUGCUAUUUCAAACCAAUUGAAUCAACAACUCCCACAAGUUUCAAUACAGGCAAGAGCCUGCCUCUUAGAGUGCCAGGACUUCGUAUAGAAAAGGAGUCAGUAUCAUCUAGUAAUGAAGCAGUACCAACUCGAGUGCAAUACUUAGAGGGACUUUGUCGCCUCAGAAACAUGUCUUUAGCUAAAAACUUACCAUCUGCAUUUGUUAUUGCCCUAAAUAUUCUCAAAGUUAAUAAGGAACAACCUGGGAAAUGCGAAACUACAAGAUCAAAAGUUAAGAAAACUGCAUCUAUUAGUCCUUGUGUCGCACCUUUACCAAUCAAGAAAAAUCCUAUUAGAAAUAAACAAACAAUACAUAUUGACGGUAUUAAUAAAUUAAAUAAUGAAAGCAAUCUUAGACGCACGCGGUCCAUGGGAAGCAUUUCAAAAGAUGAAAAUGAAACGACACCUAAGAAGGGCAAAAUAAAACAGAGGAAAGUAUCGUCUGAGAGGAAGCCAUACUUACGCAGUGAUUCCAAAAAGUCAAGUACCAAAAAAGAAUUACACAGUCCAUUAAUUUCCGAAUCAAUAAAUAACAAUAAGGUUAAUUUAGCUGUAAAAAAUUUGUCUAGUCCACUAAAAAAUUGUGAUGUUAAGAAAAUAUUGGAAGAACAGCUUAGAAUUGAAAAAUUGAUUGAACAAGAAAAGAAUGAUUAUGAAUUUGCACGCAAGAUGGAAGCAGAGUGGAAUGGCAGGAGAAAUCCACGAAGGUCGACCAUCAAACGACAAGUGACUCUAAACUACGCUCUUAGACCCGCCAAGAAAUUAAAGGUCUGAAUUAACUCCUUAGUCUUAUGAAAGCAUUUUUAGUUAGAAAAUUCCUGUGGUUGUUUAUUUAAUUCUGUUUGUUAUUUUGUUUGUGUCAGAUGACUGUAUAUGCCAGUGCAUAUAAUAUUUGAAAACGGAAUAAAUAGUAGUUAAUGAAGGCCAUUGAAAGGGAAGAAAAAGCUCCCAAAAAUAUGGCAACUUAAAUUAUGGGUGAUCUGCGGUCGGGAAAAGGAUGGCACACUCAUUAUUUUUGCCGACCUCAAAUUGCUAGCAAUGAUUUUUUCAUGUAUUGGAAAUAUCUUCCUAUUUCCAUUGAGUUUUUACUAAUAUUAUCUUGCAUUGUUAAAGCCAUCUGUACUGGUAUAGAACGAUUGGUUUAAUGUUAAUAAUAAUGAAUAAGAUAAUUCAAAUAUUCAGAUUACAAAACCUGUCUCUUUUUAUGUCUGUACGAAGCAAUGCAUAAAUUGGAACAAACGUAAUCUGGUUGCCUUAAUGUGACUUAAUAUUAUGGUAUUAAUUACUUUCUUUGAGACUGUAUGAAUUUUUGCAGCUUACAUUAUAUAUCUCACCGACUACCUAUUAUUAAUCUCAUAAGUAAAUUGUAUGUAUGUACAUUUUAUGUAGAUAGAUGUUUAACUACCUUAUUAAUUAUAUUAAAAUGAAAACAAUUAUAAUUUUACUAUUAUGCAAUGUAUAACUGACGUAAUUGUAGAACUCAAUUUUUAUUUCGAAUUUAUUUCUGAUGCAAAAUAAAUAAGACAUUGCUCACUGAGCAAUGUCUUAUUGUGUCCACCGAGUGUGGACUGAGCAAUGCUCAGUCCACACUCGGUGGAACCGCGGCCGUUUUUAACAUGCCAUUGUAAUAAAAUUCUGUCGCGAGACAACAUCACAAGUUGCUUGUAUUUGGUUUCUUAUUUUACAACGCGAUUAAAAACCGCCGCAGCUCCGCUUUAGUGCGACUGAUAUUAGAAUUUUGGCAAUGAUGCUUCAACAAUAUUUUGUUAUUAAUAUAAAUAACAAUCUGUUAUCAAAAACUAAUUGAUUCUGUUCUCGCUUGUACAUAGUACAAUAUAAAUCUUGAUGUAAUAAACACGUCUGGAUAGUCCAGUUUAUACGAUAAAAAAAAAAUACUUUUUAAUCUAACAUGUUUACAAUUUGCUAUAGUUAAUAUUUUCAACACCAAUUCAUUUAAAACCUUAUUGUUACCAAAACUGUCUAAAUAAGGUUUCAUUUGUAAUGUACAAGUAAAUUUGAGCUUUUUAGGCCAGUACAUCUUGGCAAAAAGGAGUUUAAAAUCAUUUUACCUGUAGCAACCAGGUACGUACGCUACGACUCAAACGGUUUAUUUGUAAAAAAUUUGGAGAUACUAUGUUCGGAUGAUAUUUUAUUCAUGGGAUGUGGUCCAAAGUGGGCGAUUAAGUCCAAAUCAAUAUUAGUUGCAACUGUCAUCAGCAGCUGCAUCAAACUUUUUUUUGCCAAGCUGUACAUCAUCAGCUGAAAUAUAAACAUAAUCAAAGGCCUGACAUGUUGGUCGCAUAUAAGUAGUAUAAUCUGCCAGCUCUCUACAGACUUCUAAUAUUUACAUAGCUUGGUGAUAGAUUAACCAUUUAUUAAAGCAUGAUUUUGAUCCUUUUUGCAUAUUUCAAGUAUAAACAUUAUUGGUCUUAACAUUUAGAAUACAGACAUUUUGUAGACCUAGGUUGUACACUAAGGAGAGUCUACAGUUUAGUAUUCAUACCUAGUUCACCUACUCGAAAUUAUAAUAUACCCUAUUUACUAUUUUGUAUUAUCUCAUAUUCACUUUGUAUGUAUCUUACAUGGUGUAAAACAGUAUUGAAAGGUAAUAUAAUGUAGAGAAAGCAUAAACACAUUUAAAUCAGCUACAGAAAAAAAUGGAUAACGAUAUAACAUGAAUCAAUGCAGAAAAACUUCAGAACAAUCGUUAAGAAUUUUAUAACUGAAUUGUCUUUUGUGAUGUAGAAGUUUGAAAAUUCAAACUGGUUUGUCUAUAUUUUCUAUAAGAUAUUUUGUUAAAAAGCUAUGUCAACUAGGCCCUAUAAUAGAGUAAAUUAAAUUUUGUAAAAUAACAAAUAAUACUUUGACGGCUGGUCGUUCGACGUGCAGGACUAAGGAGGAGGCCU